AUGGCGUCCACAGAUGCUGCUUUCCUCACCGAAGUCGAAUCGUUCUUAAACUUGCUGGAGCUCCCACCUCUUCCAGUCCCUUCAGAUAGCAACAACGAGCCGGUAUCAUUGAAACCCAAAGACGACGUGUCACUCGUGACGUUCGAAGGUCCCGAGUCCCCUCAGAAAGUCGACUCGGUUGGGACCACACGUCGAGUCAAGGAGCGCACGAGACGAAAGUCCUACCGCGAGCGCCAGCUCAUUGAGCGGGAGAAGAUGGUGCACGAGAUCAAACGACUGACGGAGGAGAUCCAGCGAGCCCGAGGGCAGCAGCUCUACGAACGAGCGUGGAAAGCGCUAGCCCAACGUCAAUUGACUGCACGGCUCAAGGUCGAAGCCGAGCAAAAACAAUUGUGUCAAGCUGUGUUUGCCCACGGUGAAAUGAUGCAGAAAGUCCAGAACUUCUUGCGGACGUACGAUUGCCCGUUGAUGACGGACUUUGCACCGCAAGAUGUGAUUGGGGCUGCCUGUUUCCAGCAAACGCGGAUCCGCCUGAUGUUUGUAAACGCCGAGAUUUUUGCCACUUUUGUGCGAGAACUUGAUGAAGCGUACGCCAAGACGGACUUGGUGCUCACGAGUUGGGGGAUGGACUCGACAGAGGCAAAUUGGGACGCACCAAGUGAGAUUUCCGACAGUGAGUCGGCGUUCCAGUUCAAAAGCAAGAUCACCAUGCCGUUCAGCUUCAAGGAGAUUUGCCACUCUCGCUGGAUGGUCUCCCGAUUCUACCAUCGUCAAGAAGGCCGCGAGAUGCACGAUAAAGCGGCCGAGUUGGACAACACAUUGGCGGUGAAGUUUCGCGUCAAGACUCGCUUGAACUCGGGGAAGCUUGCGACUGCAGUGCAACGUCUUGUGAUCCGACGGUACUUGGAAACCGAGCGCAUGGUCAUUGUCUGGAGGCUGUUUACGGAAGGAGAAGGUGUUUUUACUGGCAUGAGUUCGGACGAAGCUGGGUGGUGCGUUGCAACUCCUGCUAGAACAGCUAGGAAGGGAACUGUGAUUCGGACGUGUGUGAACAACAAGGCGAUGCUUUGUAGCGACAAGGCUGGAACAGGACCUGUCGUGAAUAAAUUUAAGAGCCAAUUGCUGGAGUGGGGCUUGGAAAACAAUGAGGAAGUUACGAACGGUCUAAAGAAAGUGUUAAUUAGAUAA